UCUUGUAGUUCAUUAACGCUACAGAUGUAGGCCCACUCUCCCUGGCUGUCUACUCUGCACUCUCUCAUAGCACACACACACACGCGCGCGCAUACACCUCCGAUGGCGGUAGUGAAGUCAGUGCUGCAGAAAAAGCCCAGGUUCAGACCUUUAGAGCCGUAAAUCGGUAGAUAGCGCUGACCAAAAAAUAUUUUGCCGGAUAGCGUAACGCUGGUAGUUCAGACUGUGGUAGGUAGGUGUUGUGCGCAUAGCUGAGGAAGGACAGUACAGCUGGGCUUCGCUGAUGCUCGUAGAAUCAUCGUGGGAAUCAUGCGUGGAACUAGAAAAGUCCAUGAGUUAACUUUUUACCGUUUCCCUGUUUGGCGCUAAAACUAAGGCGCUAAAACUAAGGAAGACAGGUUGAAAACCACGUGUGGUCGAAUGACUUGUUGUCAGUCAAGACAAGACUAGCGAAUUACAUUCAACAAGAUUCCGACACCGAGUGUGGUCCUUGUAUUUUCAUUCUGGUAAACCAUGACAUGUCCAGACCCAGCAUCUAUGCAUUUGGGUCAUAGUAAGACCAAGACCAGGCAAAAAUAAAACGGCGAGGGACAGAGAGCACACCAGCGAUGGAUGAGACUCCAGUGGGUGACGGCCCUCAAAGAGAUGCAGCACCAGCAUCAGGCCAUGACCUCUCCAACAUGGAGGAUGCACAGACUCAUGGCAGUGGCAUUCAGCAGCGACUAAUGAGGACCUCAAAGGACACGGCGAAGAGGAUUCAGUGGCGUGUGGUCCUGGGCGGACGGAUCUCAGACCACCCGCUGUGGAGCUCCUCCUCCAAUGGUGUCCAGUGUAGCAAGAACUUCACCCCAGACACGUUGGACCACGUAGGCCAAACCAUUCCACUGAGAGAUGAUGCAACACAGACUCGCUUCGACGUCAAUAAGAAGAAGUCUAACAGAUGUCAAGGAAAGGAGAGGAAGUCUAAUGCACUGAAGAGGAAAUCUAACUUGACCCAGAGAAAGAGGAAACCUGAUGUGUCCAAGAACGUUUCAGAUGUAGUAGUCAGAUCAAAAAGACCACGAAAAAGAAAGCGGUGCAGUGACAAGAACCAAAAUGCAGAGGAUGCAGAAGACGUUGCAGGAAUCAUUCCGGAUCUUCCAGACUCUCGCACUUGUCUGAUGGAUCAGGCGCUGGCAGCAGAGCUACUGGAGCUGGUCAGCGGCACUGUGGCCAAGAUUCAGAAGCACCAGCGGGUCAGCCGGGGGCUGCAGAAUGACCACAGCGGCUUGUCCCUCCCCUCGGACCCGGCCCAACUCGCCGCUCUGGUCCACGGCUUGACCAAGAACAAGCAGCGCGAUGAGGACAACGUCCUGUUCCUGCGCAAAAGCCUGGAGGCCAAGGAGCAGCAGCUGCAGGAGAACAAGGCGAGGUUGGAGGAGCGCCACAACGACUUGGAGGCCAAGAUCUCCUCCCUGGACGUGCAGCUCCUGCAGGAGCGAGACAAGACGCACCUCCUGCAGGAGGAGCUGAAGGAGGCCAGAGUACAGCUGGAGUCCAGCCACAACACCAUCCUCUUCCUCAGCAGCCAGCAGAACCAGAAGCCCGUUCCUCCUCGACCCAAGCCUUCCUACGGCGCCCUCUCUGCCCGCAUGCUGAGUCGCGGCCCCGCCAAGUGGGUGCGCUUCUUCACGGGCUUCGAGUCCUACGCCCGCUUUCAGGCCUUCGUGGCCUUCCUGCAGAGCGGGGACAGCACCCUGCUAGUGCAGAGCUCUGUCGGCAUGGCCACGGAGGGAGAGGAGGAGGAGGAGAGGAAGGACGAUGAGGAAGAUGAGACCCAGGAGAGGGAGAGGGAGAAUGGACCGCCGCACACGGAUGGGAUUGACCAGGCAAGGGAGUCCACACCACCCACGCAGGACGAUUACUCAGCACUCUUCCAAGAGGAGGAGGAGGAGGAAGAGGCCACGGCGGAGUCCGUGCGCAUGAAUCUCAAGGCCCAACUACGGCAGUCGUCCAUGCAUGUGCUGCCCCUUGUGGACGAGCUGCUGCUGGUGCUGGUGCGCCUACGCCUGGGCUUGCUGGUGCAGGACUCGGCCUUCCGCUUCCACGUGAUACACAGCACCGCCGGCCGAGUCUGGGCAGACAUAAUGGGUCUCAUGCAGCGGCGCCUGCAACAGGUCCCUGUGCGUGGUAGCCACCAUUACAUCUCCCGGUUCCAGCCGCAACACUCGCUCCACCUGGGCGCUGGCCAAGAGUUGGCCGUGCUCGAGUGCACCGACCUCCUCUUCGACGCCAUGUCUCGUGACCGCAAGGCUUUGGCGCAAGCCGAAAAGCAGCCCUCCGAGCCUCGUGAACCCCUCAAGGGUCGUGGGUCCCGCAAGACCAGCAAGUUGCGCAGGGCUGACAAGGCUGACAGGGCUGACAGGGCUGGCAAGGCGGGCAAGGCUCCCGCUGCGGUGUCCAAGCGGUCAUCGUCGUCAAAGCCGUGCCACCGGCCGUACCGGUAUCUGUGUCCCCAGCGGGGCUGCGUGGUGGCCUCCCCCGAAGGUCACCUGGGGUUCUGCAGUGCCACCCGGCUGGAGGACUGGGAGGACUGGGCCGCCGAACCCGAGGGCCCCGAGCCAGACGCCAUGCCCGCUCUGCCGCCGUACCUGGUGGGCGACAAGAGAGGGUUCUUGCCCGUGCCCGACAACGGCACGCCGUGCCUGCAGGUCCUGAGUGUCCAAUCGCUGACGAAUAAAGUGCACAAUUUCCGCUUCUUGCGGAUGGUUCAUGUCCCGACCCCGAAUAUAGUCGACCAGAUAGACAGGGCCUGGGAGGUGUGUUGUUACCUGGCCUGUCUGCAGAGCAAUCCAAUGGGACUGAGGUAGAGGCGGGACUUACGGCCGUCAUUCAGGAAGAGUGACGGAGGAGCAGUGACCGAGAGCGACUGUGAAAAACCCUGACAUUUCUUUUACCUCUGGAAAUAUUUUGAUAUCGUUUCUUUAUUUUUCUACUGACUGUACAGUAAGCCUGAUUUUUUAUUUAUUUUUUAUUUUUAGGUCAAGAAGUUUGUAUUUGUUGAGUCUUUUCAUAAUAAAGAUGGCCUUUUCUGAUA